AUGUCUUCACAACCGCCGUCGUCAGCUGAGCUUGCUCAGUUGAUGAAUGAUCCUGAAAGGAUCAGGAACGUGACGGUGAUGGCGCAUGUGGACCAUGGCAAGACGUCUCUGACUGACAGUCUCAUUGCAUCCAACGGCAUCAUAUCAGAGCGGCUCGCCGGCAAGCUUCGCUUCAUGGACAGGUACGAGCCUGCGGAAGAGGCAGAGGCUGGGGCCUCUCCCUACCUGAUCAACGUGAUCGACUCGCCCGGGCACGUUGACUUCUGCAGUGAGGUCUCCUCGGCUGUGCGACUGAGCGACGGGGCGCUGGUAGUAAUCGAUGUGGUAGAGGGGGCGUGGGUAGAGCGGCUGGUCCCUUGUCUUGUCCUCAACAAGAUCGACCGACUGAUUCUCGAGCUGCAAAUGUCAACAGACGACGCGUACCAGCACAUGCUGAGGAUCAUCGAACAGGUAAACGCGAUCGCGGCGAUGUUUCACAACGAGAUGGUGAUGGAAGAGGGGGACGAAGACGGUCAUUCAUUGUGGGAUGCGCAAGACAAGAUGAGAUCUCCUUUCGUCUUCUCGCCGGCUCUUGGGAAUGUUGCUUUUGGAUGUGCAGCAGCGAAUUGGGCAUUCAGGGUGUCAGACUUUGCACUCAUCAUAUCGAAACGUCUGGGAAUGAACGCCGGAUCUCUUCGAAAGGCUCUCUGGCCGGAGGACGGCAACGAUUUCUAUUUCAACCCCAAGACUAAGGUGUUAUCAUCAGAUGUCAUGUCAGGUCAAGAUGUCACUCAAUUCCAGUCUGUCUCCCGCAAAGAUGAAGGAGGAAAGCUCAAACCCAUGUUUGUGCAGUUCGUGCUGGAGCAGAUUUGGGCGGUAUAUCAUGCAUUCGUCUCUAGUCCUGACGAGGAGAAAGCUCGGAAGAUCGUGACUGCGCUGUCGCUGAAGGGAGGAAGCGCUGAGAAGUGUUAUGUCGAGAUGGCUGCCCUGGCCAAGUGUAUCCUGUCGAUGAUUCUUGAAGAGGUUCUUGGACCACGUCACAAUCCUUUACAUGAAGAUGACCAACACGUCUCAACGGCACAAGUUCGAGCACUUUACAUCCUGAUGGGUCGGGACUUGUUGAAUGUUCAGUCUGUUCCUGCAGGGUGUAUCUGCGGUGUAUGGGGCCUCGAGGAGCACGUUCUCAAGUACGCAACGCUGUGCUCAACUCGCAGUUGCCGCCCUCUCAGCUUUAUGUCGUUCCAGGCCAUGCCGAUCGUAAGGGUGGCGGUGGAGCCGUCGAAUCCUCUGCAACAUGACUUGUUGGUCCACGGCCUGCAGCUGCUCAACAGAGCUGAUCCAUCAGUGGAAGUGAAAAUACAGGAGACAGGAGAGCACGUGAUCUUGGCUUCGGGGGAGAUGCAUCUAGAGCGAUGCCUCAAGGAUCUCCGGGAGCUGUUCGCCAAGAUUGACAUCCACGUCUCUGCUCCUCUGGUCCAGUUCAAGGAGACGCUGAUAGACAAGAAGUCGUAUCCCGAGAUGUACUCAGAGGAAGAUGCUCCCCGUCCUCAUCCUCGCAAUCCUGUCACCUCCUCCACAGCUAACAGGCUCUGCGACUUCUCCGUACGGGCCCUUCCUCUCCCCCGCAGCAUUCGCAGGUUCCUUGUGCUGAGAGGGGAGGAGCUCAGGGCCGCACAUGCCGACCUGCUGGCUGGCAAGGCAAUGAAUGAGGAGACGAGGGAGCUCCUCAAGACGCUCCGAGAUGUUUUCAUGCAGGCUGAGGAUGGCUGGGAGGAGGAGUGGAAGUGCCUGUGGGCGUUGGGACCGAAACAUGUCGGGCCGAACAUCCUGCUCUGCCAUGUCGAAGGGUUCCAUCCAUCUGCCGACUGGAUACCCCCCGAGUUCUUCGAUCCCAAGGAGCAUCCGCCAGGGGACGAGGAGCGGCUGAAACUUCUGUCGGAGAUGGAGAGCAGCGCUGUGACUGUCUUGACGACACUGAGGUUCAUGCAGGGAGUUGCUUUCGUAGUGGAAGCGAUCAACCUCAAUGGAGGGGCCCAAGAGAUUGCAGCGAGCACAGACGUUUACGGGCCAUGGUCUGGACAGGUGAUCUCUGCAAUGAGAGAGGCUUGUAGAAACGCGUUCCUUAUGGGAGAGAGGAGGUUGGUAGAGGCGUUAUUUGAUUGUGAUGUCCAAACAACGGCAGACAUGUUGGGGAAGGCUUAUGCCGUGUUGAACAAGAGAAGGGCAAAAGUGGUGGAAGAAAGGAUGAAGGAUGGAACGGACAUCUUUGUGAUAGAGGCGAAGCUGCCAGUGGUAGAGAGUUUCGGUCUGGUCGACGAGCUCCGCAAGAACACAUCAGGGUCAGCGCAAUGUCAGCUCGUCAUGGCUGGUUGGGAAGUCAUGCCGUUUGAUCCUUUCUGGGAGCCCAACACAGAGGAAGAGCUAGAAGAUUCAGACCUCUCAGACGUUAUGAAUGCUCGUGGGGCGGCAAGAAAGUGUAUGGAUCUUGUCCGCAAGAGGAAAGGGCUGCCAGUAGAAGAAAAGCUUGUUCAGCAUGCAGAGAAACAGAUGCAGAGAACAAGAUCUCGUCGAAAUUGUUCUUCCAAUGUUGGUAGUGGCCGAUCAACGAGGUUGUGCGAAGACAAGGAGAUGAAGAAAGAAAGCAGUCAAGACAUGAAACUCCCCAAGAUCGCCAAGGUCGGGUCUAAGAACCCAAAGAUAAUGUUCUCCCCUUGCAGUCCGGCUGAGGUGAUCGAGAUGGCAGAGUUUCUUGGAGUAGAUUGGACCAAAGAGUUCUACCUGCUCCCUAUAGUGCGCAAGGCCAUCGUUGCUCCUUUCCCCGUGGAUUGGGAGAUCUCUAGAGACCAAUAUGGGAAAGUGUAUUACCACAACAAACUGACAUACAAAGUGAUCUCGAAGCAUCCCUUCCAUGAUACGUUCCUAGAAGCUAUAGAGGAUGCGCGAAAGAGUCACCAGAACGAUCUGAAUGCGAUUGAGGACGAAGAAGUGACGGACUUCACGACGAUUGCCAUCAAUGGCAGUCCCUGGAUGAGAUUCACGACACUCGAUGAAGAUUCUUCUUUCUGGUUCAACUUCGAAACUAAGACCCUCCACACUGAUGCGCAGUACAAGAUUCUUUGUGAAAUCGAAACAACAAAGAAGAUCGAAAAAGAGAAAGAGAAGCACAAUCCUUCAAAACUAGAGAAGAUGCAGAAGGAACUGAAGACCAAGAAAGCUCUGCAGAUGGCCCUGUCUUCAGGGCUGAGAGCGUUCUGGCUGAGAUGGCAAGUGCAUAUCAUGGAGCUUCGUAACAAACAAGCAACAGCAUUGCUGAAAGCUGGUCUGAUAGAAGGGAGACAGGAGGCCAAGGGUUUCAGACAGUGGAAGGAGAAGAGUGAGCAACUGUCAUUUGUGAGAAGAGCGCUUGCUCCACUUGGUGGUAGACGAGACAAAGCCAUCAGAAGAGACGCUUUUCGAGGAUGGCAUGAAGUCGUUCUUGCAGAGGUGGAGGAGAAGAAAGACAGAGAGUUCUUGCUCUCAAUCAUAUCUUCUUGGAAAGAAAAGUCAAAAACUACAUCUCAUCUCAAUAAUGUGAAAAAGAUUAUUCAGAAUUUGCUUACUUCGAACAGCAUUUCUCUAAAUUUUGGUGAAUGGCGAGAGUUGGCAAGAGAGUCCAAAUCACUAAGAAUACACAUCAUGAGUGAAGCCUGUAUCAAGAUCCAACGACAGUACCGGGCGAGAAGAGCAACAAAAGAUGCGGCAAAAGAGAGUGUAAAUCUAAGAAAGCAAAUGAAGUAUCGACUGUUGAGAAUCGGAAACACAUCAGAAGAAGAAAUUCCAGGGAGGUCAGAACAAAGCAUGAAGCAGAGUAGUGACGACGAAGGCGAGGGUGGAUCAUUGCUUCUGCACUUGCUUGAGGGAGCCAUGCACAAGACUGAAGAGGAGCAAGAAAAAGUUCGACUUAAAAAGAUUGCAAAGGAGGCAAGAACGAAAGCCUCAUUAGAACCUUCAGAAGAUGGGUUCGGACUUGCAAGUGUUAAGAAUGAUAUCAAUCGAAUAGCGGAACUUCUGGACCCCACAGGUCGAGACGAGUUUUUGAAGAGCAAUCAAGCCAUUCCAGCAGAAGAAAGCUACAAAACACUGAAUGAUUCUAUCAAUACUUUAUUCGACAAAUUUGUUAACGUACAAAACAACAACAGAGGCAUCAUGCAAGAGAUUGCGGCAGACCUUUUAGAUAGUCAAGAAGCAAUCAAAUCCUUCAGAUAUGCGCUCAAGUAUGAAUGCAAUUAGCCAUGCGAAUGAUCUCCAACAACUCAGCAAUUCUCUGGAAAAGUUUGUUUCCAUGAUUGAGAACAGAGACAGCAAGUCUUCUUGGUGAGUUGCUGAAAAUAAAUGUAUAGAACCUUCCAGCUCUUGGAGAUUGGAGAUUCUCGAAUCAAGCACAAACCGUAGGAAUGAUACAUACAUCGGUGAGUGAAGAGAAAUAAUCUCCAACUAGGUCAGGGUUUGCAAAUCUGAACAGAUUAAUUGUCAUCUGAAAUCUCGUGCUUAACAUGGUAGCCGAGUAAUUUGCAUCCAUAUGAUACAGCGGCCCGAUAUUGAGGAUGGUGUAAUUUCUCAAUUCGUCAGGAGCUUUCAGAUAAGGCAUAUUUGCAGCCCACAUCUGUAGCCAAUUGGCUUUCAAUUCAUACGCGACGUUUUUCAAAGUGUCUCGAGGUAAAACACAAAAUUUGCACUUGACAAUGAGAACCCUGGCGCAAUAGUUCACAUAGUUGACCGAUGUAGCUCCAAUGUCAGCGAUGUCCAGGCAAAGAUCGAUCAACGACCCUGAAAUCGACUGAGGAGGUCUCCAGCACAAUGUUUGCCAGAGCUCAGACCCUCUAGGUUGUAGAUUAGUUCCCAGAGGAAUUAUCCAAUUUGUUCUCCAUUUUGCUACUGGAAAAUAAAAAUUUCUCUCAUAUCCUGC